CCGUCUCCCGUUGCCAUAAACGCGAGUGCGCGUCCGUUAUCAACAAACCCCGCCAGAGAGCCAGCAGGGCUCACACCGCACGCAGCCGAGCCGAACCGCGCCGAGCCGAGCCGAGCCGAGCACUUCCUCCCCGGCGGCGUCCCGCGCUCAGGCGGCAGAGGAGAUGAGCUGGUAGCGCCGCUCCACGUCCGCGCGUCCCCCCCUUUUUUUAUUUAUAGAAAAACCCACAUUCUGCCUUUGGACGUCUCCGUCCUCUCGCCCGAGACCAUGAAGACCGCACUUCCCGGGACCGGUAUCUUCAUCUUCCAGCUGCUCAUCUUCAGCCAAAUUGUUGUGGCAGCAGAGCCACUGGUCCGAGGCCUGAGGAAACUCCCCGAAGACAUCGACUGGUCGUACUCAGGUGCCCUGAACCAGGGCAAGUGGGGUAAGAAGUACCCGUCCUGUAACAGCGCCAGGCAGUCUCCGGUGGACAUCGACGAGACGUUCACCCAAGUCAGGCUGCAGUACCAGGAUCUACAGCUCGAGGGCUGGGACAAGCUGACGGCGGAGUCCAGCACCAUCUACAACAAUGGCAAGACUGUGGCCCUCCGCGUGGAAGGGGAGUUCUUCGUGAGUGGAGGAGGGCUGAGCUCCAGGUUCCGCGUUGGUACAAUCAACUUCCACUGGGGGCGCUGCAAUGCAACAUCCGAAGGCUCUGAACACAGCUUGAAUGGGAUGAAAUACCCUCUGGAGAUGCAGAUCUUCUGUUACGAUUCAGAUGACUUCCAAAGUCUGGAUGCUGCCGUGAGGGAUGGAGGGAGGAUCGCUGCCUUGGCUGUGCUCUUUGAGAUCAGCUUGGAAGACAACGAGAGCUUCAGUCCUGUCGUAGAAGCCGUCAACACCGUCAGCAGGUUUGAUAAGAGCGGGUCGAUGGAAGCGUUCACCUUGCGGUCCUUGCUGCCUAACAACACUGAUAAAUAUUAUAUUUACAAUGGCUCACUAACCACACCUCCCUGCUCUGAGACAGUGGAAUGGAUCGUCUUCAAACACACUGUGGCCAUAUCAGAAACACAGUUGGAGAUGUUUUGCGAGGUGAUGACCAUGGAGCAGGCCGGGUACGCGAUACUGACGGAUUACCUGCAGAACAACUUCAGGGAGCAGCAGCAGCAGUUCACGGGUCAGGUGUUUGCCUCCUACACCGGAGUGGAGGACGUGCCCACACCCACCUGCAGCUCGGAGCCGGAGAACAUUCAGGCCGACGCCCAGAACGACACAACCAUCGUGGUCACGUGGGAGCGCCCUCGCGCCGUUUACGACACCACCAUCGACUGGUACACCGUCACCUACCAGAGGCUGCAGGGCCGAGACCAGAGCCAGCAGGACUACAGGACGGACGGGGACCAGGACGUGGGCGCCUUCAUCCCCGGCUUGCUGGCCAACAGCAGCUACGUGGUUCAGGUGGUCGCGGUUUGCACCAACGGACUCAGAGGACGAUGGAGUGACCAGAUUAUAGUGGACAUGCCGUUAGAAGACCCGGAGAGGAAUUCAGAUCCUGAAGCUGUCACAAAAGAACUGGGAGGCAACACUGAGCACUCUAAAGCCAAACCGAAGACGCCAGAGAACCAGAAUCAGGUGGAUUUGUCCCCAGACGACCACAGCCCCGUGGAGGAGAUCCCAGUGGAGCAGACCAGAGUUUACCAAAACCAGCCCGAGCACAACCAGAACCUCCCGGUGCAGGUCAGCACUCGCCCCCCCCCAAAGACCCCGUCUGAGUAUCUGGUCCUGCAGAAAACCAGAAUCAAUCAGAAUGGGAAAAAGAAAGCCGGUGGGAGUAAGAACUGGAUUCACGGCAAACCGGGAUUUGACGGCAAUGGCGCAAUAUGGGUGACCGAGGUAACCGAGCAGCCGGGCUUCCUGUUUCCAGUUGCCCGGACAACGAGGCUGCCAGCAGUUCGCCGAAAAAUCACAGAAGAGGCCUCGUUGUCGAUGUUGCCACAUCAGUCUGUGGAUCACAGCCCACCAGACCAAGCUGGAGACGGCAGCCUCCCUUCCUCUCAGUCGGCCCUCUCCACCCCUCCUGGGGAGGACAUCCAUGUCACAGAUAUCUUCUAUGAAGACACAGUCACCAGCUCCCCACUAGAGACCACCGCCUCUUCAGAAACAGGGUCUUCAGAUGCUGCUUCUGUGUUUCCAGGUGAUCGAGUGGACAGGGUCCCCCUGCCGCCCCCCGAGGACGGCGAUGCCCCUGUGAACAAACCGGUACCAGAGGUUCCCUCCACUCCCUCGCCGCUGUGGAUUACGGCAAGGGCGGCGACCGCCAGCAGCACCCUGGCCGAGUCGGUCUACAAAUCCUUCACCACCUCCUCUCUGCUGAUGGUGCUGAUGCAUACAACCCAGCCGAUGUUUAAUGAGGGCAGCAACAGCAGCCACGAGUCUCGGGUGGGGCUGGUCGGAGGGGUGGACAGGGAGAAGAGGACGGUCGUCCCUCUGGCCGUCGUCUCCACUCUUACCACCCUGUGUCUGCUGGUACUGGUGGGCAUACUUGUCUACUGGAGAAACUGUGUCCAGGCGACUCAUUUCUAUCCAGACGACAGUGCGUCCCCUAAAGUCAUAUCAGCUCCAUCGACGCCCCUGCUGCUGGCCACCGACGGUCACGAGCCACUGACAGUGAAGCAGUUCGUGAAGCAUGUCAUGGAGCUGCACUCCGCUAACACCUUCUCCAAGGAGUUUGAGAUUGUGAAAGAGUCCUAUGAGGAGGUGCAGGCGUGCACGGUGGAGAUGGGCAUUACUACAGACAGCUCCAAUCACCCCAACAACAAAAGCAAGAACAGAUACAUAAACAUACUGGCCUACGACCACAGUAGAGUCAAACUCUCCAACAGUCUGGACAGAGAUGGGAGAUGCGGAGACUACAUCAACGCUAACUUCGUCGACGGUUAUGAGCGGACGAGGGCGUACAUCGCGGCUCAAGGGCCUCUCAGAGCGGGCAGGGAGGACUUCUGGAGGAUGGUCUGGCAGCAGAACAUCGGAGUCAUUGUCAUGAUCACCAACCUCAAAGAGAAAGGACGGACAAAGUGUGACCAGUACUGGCCAGAGAAAACCCAGGAAGAAUACGGCCCGUACCAGGUGACCCUGAGAAGCAGCAAGACUCUUGCUUACUACACACUGCGGACGUUCAGCGUCCGAGACACUGCAAAUAAGGCAUCUCAGAGAGUUGAACACACUGUCCUCCACUACCACUACACCCAGUGGCCAGACAUGGGCGUCCCAGAAUACACUCUGCCUGUGCUGUCCUUCAUCAGAGCAUCAUCCCGAGCAAGGACACAGGAGAUGGGACCCGUUCUGGUGCAUUGCAGUGCCGGCGUAGGACGAACCGGAACGUACAUAGUGAUAGACAGCAUGCUGCAGCAGAUCCAAGAUCAGGGUACGGUGAACGUUCUCGGUUUCCUGAAACAUGUUCGGACGCAGAGGAACUUCCUGGUUCAGACGGAGGAGCAGUACGUCUUCAUCCAUGACACUCUGGUUGAGGCCAUCUUGAGCCGUGGCACCUCAGUGACCUCUGACCUCCUCCACACCUACGUGUCCGACCUCCUGACCCCUGGGGCGUCGGGCAAGACACGCAUGGACAAACAGUUCAAGUUGAUCAGUCAGCGCCAGGCGAAGCACGCAGACUACAGCACUGCCCUGAGGGACGGCAACGCUGAGAGGAACAGAGCCAGAGCUCUGAUGCCUGUGGAAAGAUCAAGAGUGUGUUUGACCGCUUCAGAGUCAAACUGCACCGGGUACAUCAACGCCUCCUACGUCAUGGGACACCACCACAAUAAGGAGUUCAUUGUGAGCCAGACUCCUCUGAGGAGCACCGUGGAAGAUUUCUGGAGAAUGAUCUGGGAGCACAGCACACACACUGUUGUCCGUUUGCCACACACACAUUUUCAGAGCGAGGACAGGGAGUCUUGUGUUUACUGGCCCAGUAAAGACCAGCCAAUGUGCUUUGAGGGUUUCACUGUGUCAUAUUUGGGGGAGGAGCUUGUGUGUCUGUCCAAUGACGAGAGACUCUUGGUGCAGAACUUCACAGUGAACUCCCCACAGAGUGUGCUGGAGGUGCGUCAGUACAGCGCCCCCUGCUGGCCCAACCCAGACAGUCCUAUCAGGAACAGUUUUGAUCUGGUGAGCGCAGUCCGAAAGCAGAGCAGAUACUCGGACGGGCCCACGGUCAUACACGAUGCGUUGGGAGGUGUGACAUCAGGGCUGUUCUGUGCCCUCACCGCCUUGUCCAGUCAGCUAGAGGAGGAAGGAGCGGUCGACGUCUACCAGAUGGCACGGAUGACCAACCUCAUGAGGCCUGGUGUUUUUAAUGAUAUAGAGCAGUACCAGUACCUGUACCGAGCUGUGCUGAGUCUGGUGAGCAGCCAGGAGGACCAGAGGGCCCUGCAGAGUCCCGAAACCAACGGGUCUGUACCGCUGGGCCAGACCAACAUCGCUGAGAGUCUAGAGUCACUCAUGUAGUCCCACGCACAUUUACCACACAAAACAUGGCACAUUCACAAAAUCACACAGACACACCAGCAUGCGCUCAGUGCUCAGGGGAAUGAGGCUUGGCCUGACAUGCGAUGACCACCUCUGUGUCUGUGGUCCGCUGAGCAUGCAGCAGCUUUAAGCAGGUCAUUAAAAGUGACUGAACUACAGAGGCCAGCAGACAGAGAGCUUACUGCUGAUGUUAAACCAAGUCGGGCCCCUGACAUGACUCGCCCUUUAAAGGUGAAACGGUACCGCGUUAUUGUAAGGCACAGAUGAUUUAUCUAGUUAUUGAUAAUACUUUACUAAUGCUUUAUAGAUCAGUGGAAGCCAUGAGAAGUAUAUUUUCUCAGUCUAUUUUUUGUGUCCAUAAGUAGGACUUGAGAACAGGCGAAAAAAGUUUUUAAACGUUUUUAGUAUCGGUGAAAACAGGUUCGGUGAAGACGUUUUUGCAUUUCGUUUUUGGUAAGUACAAUGUUUGUGUUGCAACACUAAUUUGGGCCAAAGAGGUUGAAGCGCACCACUACUCCAUGUUCUAAAAGUAUGCAAAGUAUAAACACAAGAUGCCGAUAAUACAUGAAGAUGGUGUAACAUUAUUAUGUCUUGGAGGAUACUCCAAUCAACUCCCUUCGAUUGGGCAGACCGUUUUUGCUACAAAAAAGCGGGUGACAAUAUAGAUUAAAAACCCUUUAGUGCACUUCUAACUACAUUAAUGAUGGUUUAUUAUAAAGAAAACAACUAAUGAGCAUUUAUUUAUUGAUUUAUUGAGAUUUAUAACGGUAGUAGAAUGUGUGCAAACCUGCGCAACCUAAUAACUGGUCUAUAAAGCAUUACUAAGUUAUGUAUUAAACAUGAAAGAACCGACUAUUUACAAUUCAGAAGUCCUCUAGGUAGUGGUACCAAUAUUACAUUGGAAAUAUAUUUAAUUGUAUAAGGAGUCCCAUUCCAAUACAUGACUAACUCCAUAACUUCUGUCUGUCAUAUUUCUUUGAUGAGAUGUGAAUAAAUAGAAAUUUCAAUUGGAAUAGAAAUUGGCAGUCAAAAUAAAAAUAGAAAAAAAAAGAAUUAACUACAAAUUAAAUAAAAACAAAUGACUUAAAGGUUAAAAAGAAAAGGAAAUUAUGUAUGAGAUGUUAUUCUCCUCCGUAUUUUAUGCACCGCACAUUAACCAGCACACUUUGGGGCUCAAACUACCACGUAUCCUUAUUGAGAGUGAUAUUUUGAUGAACCCAAAUCUAUUAAGGCCUCACUCGUGACACUAAAUUGACUGCUGUCGAAUUUCUCCGUUCAUGUCUUGUUGCCACUGGCUCCAUGGUCUCUAAUACCCGUGCCUUUUGUAGUUCAUGUUAUUGUACUUUAAACCGGUUUUGAUACAACUGUGUGACUAAUAUGCCAAAAUAAUAACCUGUGAUUUUUUUCUAUUUUCUAUUGUGCUUAUUACUUUCAUAUCUCAAAGUCAAAGAGAAGAUCCAAUGUCAGAUGUUUUGUAAAAGAUGCAAUCUGUGAUUUCAAUGGUAUUCCACAAUGAGUCAGUCUGUUGAGUAUCAAACACGACGGCUGGAAAAAGCUGCUGCUGAAUUUGUCAGUUAACAACAACAGAGCUGCAGGAGGGGGGCAGUUUCCCAGAUAAAACAUGCCAAUCAUUUUUGGAGAUUUUGAAGAAAUAAAGUCGUGACGAAAGGAAACACACAGAUUAUGAAGGAAAUUAUUAAUUAUUAGCAAUAAAAUAAUUUAAAAUAAAUGUAGAAAUGAUUGUGAUUUGCCUUAAAUUGGGUCUAUUUAAACGAACAAUUUACGGGCAAUUUCCCAUGUAUUUCUUUCUUUUUUUUAAUGAAUACUUUGGCUUACGAUGGCCAGUGACCAGCUUCCUUAAUGUGAAGGAAACAUUAAAACUCCGGUAAUCACACCUCUGCUCCCUGUGACCCACGAGCUACGAGCCCCUAACAUGUGGGACAAAAACAAUGGUGCGGCUUCUACAUGUGGCUAUUUUGCAUCCAGCCUGCACCAUCUGGGGAGGCAAAAUAGUGCGUCAGAUGAUUCACACCGGAUCGGACUGUAAUAUGUAAUGUGUGACUCUUGCUGUGUAAAUUUCCCUGAAUACAUCAAAAGGCCAAAUUACUGUUUGUUUAUAUUGUAUCUCUAUAUAUUUUCUAUUUUACUAUAUAAAAAAGUGAUUUUCUAGUCAUUUACACAUAUACAUUAUAACUGUGGAUUCUGUUUUGAUCAUUUUAGCCUGGAAAUAUUGCUCGUUUAUAGUUUUACUGGAAUGUUCUCUCUUUCUAUCUUUAUGAUCACAGUAGCAGCUUAAUGUCUAUUCCUUUAUCUCCAGCCAUAAACUGGUGCAGUAUGUAAAUAGCAGCAAGUCAACAAGCAACACCAACCAUGUUUAUGAUUUUCAAUUUGUUUCUUUUUCCAGGAGAGAGAUAAAUAAAAUGUUGUUUGGACCCAAA